CGGUGCUGACGUUGGCAGCCUAACCCGAAGUAGUUCCAAGCGGCCAGCUGCACCGUCCGGUUGUUACGUUAGGUUCCUUCCUCUUUCGCUCCACGCUCCCGGCAGCGGCCAGAGCGGCGGCGGCGUGAGCGCGUCCCGGUGUUCUGCUCUCUUCAUCCGCGCGCGCGUCUCGCCCCGCCGUUCAGUCGGCGGCCCGCGCCCGGCUGGCGCUCAGACCCCGCGCUCGCCGCACGCAGGCCCAGCGGCGGUAGCUAGCGACCCGCCUUGGAGCCUCUUCGUUCCGGCGGCGCGGGCACUAGGAGCGGAGCCUCGCAGCGGCCCGAGAGGAGGCGAGCGAGCGAGUCCGAGGGGUGGCCGGGGCAGGUGGUGGCGCCGCGAAGAUGGUCGCCAAGCAGCGGAUCCGUAUGGCCAACGAGAAGCACAGCAAGAACAUCACUCAGCGCGGCAACGUCGCCAAGACUUCGAGAAAUGCCCCCGAGGAGAAGGCGUCUGUAGGACCCUGGUUAUUGGCUCUCUUCAUUUUUGUUGUCUGUGGCUCUGCAAUUUUCCAGAUUAUUCAAAGUAUCAGGAUGGGCAUGUGAAGUGACUGACCUUAAGAUGUUUCCAUUCUCCUGUGAAUUUUAACUUGAACUCAUUCCUGAUGUUUGAUACCCUGGUUAAAAACAAUUCAGUAAAGCAUCCUGCCUCAGAAUGACUGUCAUAUCAUCCUUCAUGUGUCAUUCCAAGGUUUCUUCAUGAGUCAUUCCAGCUUUUCUAGUCCAUACCACAGUGCCUUGCAAAAGCACCACAUGAAAUGAAGCAAUAAAAUUUGAUUGUGAA